AUGGAAGUGGGAACUGAUUUUCGGCAUUGGGACGAAUUAAUACCCGAUGCUUUGGGUCUGAUUUUCAGCAACCUUACUCUCCAGGAUCUACUAACAGUGAUCCCAAGGGUUUGCCAAUCCUGGAGCAAGGCAGUGAUGGGGCCUUACUGUUGGCAAGAGAUAGACAUUGAGGAAUGGAGUAAUAGAUGCCGGCCUCAGCACCUUGAUCGUAUGCUUCAAAUGCUGAUUACAAGAAGUUGUGGAUCGCUCCGAAAGCUGUGUGUUUCUGGCCUCCAAAAUGACAUGAUCUUCUCUUACAUCACUGAACAUGCUGGUUCUCUUCAGACCUUGAGACUGCCAAGAAGUGAAAUAGGUGACUCAAUAGUAGAAAAGACAGCUGGAAGGCUUUCUACUAUCACUUUCUUGGAUCUUAGCUACUGUGGCAAAAUUGGUUCUCGGGCUUUAGAGGCAAUCGGAAAGAACUGUAAAUUGCUCGUGGGGUUGUGCCGGAACAUGCACCCAUUGGAUACAGCGGGCAAGCCCUUGAUGGAUGAGGAGGCUCAUGCCAUUGCCACCACAAUGCCUAGGCUGAAGCACCUUGAGAUGGCAUACCAUCUUAUCAGCACAAAAAGCGCUCUUCAAAUACUCUCAAGCUGCACCGAGCUCGAGUUUUUGGAUUUGAGAGGGUGUUGGGAUGUUCAACUUGAGGACAAGUUCCUCAAGGAAAAGUACCCAAAAUUGAAGGUUUUAGGGCCUCUUAUUCUGGACUACUAUGAGAGGAAUGAGUGGGAAGAUUGCUCCGAUUUCUCAGAUGCUUCUGAGUAUUUGGCCUGGGAAUUUGUGGCUGGUGAAUUGGAGGAUUACUAUGAUGAUGAUGAUGAUGUGAGUUAUGAUGGGAUGUGGGAUGAUGAGGGAAGGCUGGAGGAGCUUGAGCUGAGGUUCUAUGAAGGAAUUGAUCAGAAUGGGGAUGCAGUGUAUGGAGGGCAUGGUUGGCCUCCAUCUCCUUAA